CUGUUUUCAUAAUAGGAACAAUUAGAGAAAGAGAAGCAACAGAAUGAUGGGAGGCCCAUGAGUGAUAAAACCUUUGAAAAGAAACGCAGAGACACCAAGACACCAACAACUCUUCCAAAGAGCAUCCCUAUUUCUGUUCCUGGACCCUCUGGAACAAGCACUCCAUCGACAAGCAAAGAAAUCAAGAAAUCCAAACUGAUUCGAAGCCAGUCUUUUAAUAAUCAAGCUUUUCAUGCAAAAUAUGGCAACUUAGACAAGUGUCCUAGGAAUACUACCCCCAUGGUGCUGUGUAAUGACGUCACGGAAUCCAUAUGCUGUUUCAGGAGGGAGGUGGUGCUCUGCGCAUACACCCCUCAGCCUCUAAGUGGGUACGGACAUGCCCCAUUUGCUAAGUGGCUGUGGACAUCCACAUGCCACUGAUACUGUUUCUUUCUAUAUAGAGAAGCCAUUGGCGGGUUUCUGUGCUAACGUGAUCACAGCAAUUCUUCUUCCAACAGAUGAGUGUAUGGUUUCCCCUUUGGUCCCGCAGACUGAAUUAUAAACAGUUAAGAUGAGGAGAGAAUCAGCAUAAAUUCAAUGACCACAAUUGUUGUACAACUCUAGUAUAUAAGCGCUGCAUUCCAGUCAACAAAACUAAUUUUAAGUAAACAUAAUUGUCUUUCAAAGUAUUUAUUGAGAAAAAGAACAUGGAAUGGGAACAAUACAUUUUUCUUUGGUUAAAGAUCACUGAUUCUCGAUUUUCAGCUAUAUUUUUGGACAUUCUCAAUA